AUGUUGAGAUUGCCUUUAAACGUACCUUUUUCUCGAGCCCUGAGUGGUCCUUUUAUAAAUUUAUUUAUAAGGGGAACUGCCACAAAGGCUCCAGAAAAAAUCGAAGUAUUUAUCGAUGACAUACCUGUAAUGGUUGAACCAGGAACUACCGUUUUGCAAGCAGCUGCUAUGGUCGGCGUUGAAAUUCCAAGAUUUUGUUAUCAUGAAAGAUUGUCUAUAGCUGGAAAUUGUAGAAUGUGUCUUGUUGAAGUUGAAAAAUCUCCUAAGCCAGUUGCUGCCUGUGCCAUGCCAGUAAUGAAAGGAUGGAGAAUAAAAACUAAUUCAGAUAUGACGAGAAAAGCAAGAGAAGGAGUUAUGGAAUUUCUAUUAGUUAAUCACCCCUUAGAUUGUCCCAUUUGUGACCAGGGAGGUGAAUGUGAUCUUCAAGAUCAGAGUAUGGCUUUCGGAAGUGACAGGAGUCGUUUCACAGAUAUAAAUUUUAGCGGCAAAAGAGCUGUAGAAGAUAAAGACAUUGGUCCACUUAUAAAAACAAUCAUGACUAGAUGUAUACAUUGCACAAGAUGUAUAAGAUUCGCAUCUGAAGUCGCUGGAAUUGACGAUUUGGGAACAACCGGUAGGGGAUCAGAUAUGCAGGUUGGAACAUAUGUUGAGAAAUUUUUCCUAUCGGAACUGUCUGGAAAUGUUAUCGAUUUAUGCCCUGUUGGAGCUCUCACUUCGAAACCAUAUGCUUUCAAAGCAAGACCCUGGGAAAACAGAAGAACUGAAAGUGUAGAUGUUUUGGAUGCUGUGGGUAGUAACAUAAUUAUUUCUACAAGAACCGGAGAAGUUUUAAGAAUUUUGCCAAGGCAAAACGAAGAAAUAAAUGAAGAAUGGAUAUCCGAUAAAACUAGGUUUGCCUGUGACGGAUUGAAAAGGCAAAGACUCGUCACACCAAUGAUAAAAAAUAGCGAGGGUGAUUUAGUCAAUUGUCAGUGGGAAGAUGCAUUAACUUACGUGGCAGAAAGAAUCAAAUGCGUUUCCGGUGACAAAAUGGCGGGAUUGGUCGGACCUCUCGUCGAUGCGGAAUGCAUGAUAGCUUUGAAAGAUUUUUUGAAUAAAUGCGGUUGCGAGACUUUAUGCACCGAAAAUAGUUUUCCAAUGUUGGGAUCGGGAACUGAUUUCCGGUCUAAUUACAUAAUGAAUAAUACAAUUGCCGGUAUCGAAGAAGCGGAUUGGAUACUUUUAAUCGGUACGAAUCCACGAUUUGAAGCUCCACUCGUCAACACGAGAAUUCGUAAGAGUUACAUACAAAACGAAACGAAUGUGGCUUUGAUUGGGCCUAAAGUAGACCUGACCUACGACUACGAACAUCUCGGCAACGACGUCGAACUCAUAAACGAAAUCAAAUCGAAAUCUCAUCGUUUUUGGAAAACUUUGAGUUCGGCGAAAAGACCCAUGAUCAUAAUAGGAGCAGAACAACUCAAAAGACCAGACGGAGGAGUUUUACUCACGAGCGUUCAGUCAUUGUGCGAAGAACUCGGAAAAACCGUCGGCGUGAGCCACGAUUGGAAAAUAUUAAACGUUUUGCAAACAUCAGCUUCGCAAGUUGCCGCCUUGGAUUUGGGUUACACGCCUGGACCGGAAAUUAUAAAAAAAUUAAAACCCGAAUUGUUGUACAUGGUCGGAGCCGAUGAGAAAACGAUAACCAAAAAGGAUUUAGCGAAAGAUGCUUUCGUUAUAUAUCAAGGUCAUCACGGUGAUGCGGGAGCUUUAAUGGCGGACGUUAUUUUACCAGGGGCCGCGUACACGGAAAAACAAGCGUCUUACGUAAACACGGAAGGAAGAGCUCAACAGACGUUAACCGCCAUUUCUCCUCCCGGUUUGGCGAGAGUCGAUUGGAAAAUAAUAAGAGCUAUUUCGGAGCUCGCUGGAAAAACAUUACCCUACGAGGAUCUCAACGAGAUUAGAGAACGUCUCGGAGAAGUUUCCCCCAAUUUAAUACAAUACGGUGUCGUUAAUCCGGCUAAUUUUCUAAACUUGUCGUUACAAUACUCUAAAAAAUGUUGUCCGUCGUCGUUGAAAAAAGGUUCGAUGGAAGUGAAACAAAUGAAAUUGGAAGAUUUUUUCAUGACCGACGUCAUUAGCAGAGCUUCUCCGACAAUGGCCAAAUGCGUUCAAGCCGUUUUAAAACAAAAAGAAUCCAAGUAUUAA